GGGAGAAGACAAGCCCUGGCUUGAAACACUUCCUGCUGGGAGCCUUUCCUCAUGGGAAGAUACCGAACAUGGCCUUACCAUGUGAAGCCUUAUCUCACAUGAGGAAGCUCAGGCGGCAACGCUGUCCAUCAUGCCUUGCCUUACACCCAGAUAAAACUCUGAUUGCAACUGGCCAAGUUGGGAAGGAGCCAUAUAUAUGCAUAUGGGAUUCCUAUAGUGUCCAGACGGUCUCCAUUCUUAAAGAUGUCCAUACACACGGUGUUGCGUGCCUGGCUUUUGACUCGGAGGGACAGCGGUUAGCCUCCGUGGGAUUGGAUGCAAAAAACACAGUGUGUAUUUGGGACUGGAGAAAGGGGAGACUUCUGGCCUCAGCCACUGGCCAUUCUGACCGGAUUUUUGAUAUUUCCUGGGAUCCGUAUCAGCCAAAUAGAAUGGUCAGCUGUGGAGUAAAACAUAUUAAGUUUUGGACACUGUGUGGAAAUGCCCUGACUGCAAAAAGAGGGAUAUUUGGCAAAACAGGAGAUCUUCAGACUAUCCUUUGCCUUGCCUGUGCCAAAGACGACAUCACAUACUCUGGUGCUUUAAACGGGGACAUCUACGUCUGGAAAGGGCUCACCCUGGUUCGAACCAUUCAAGGGGCACACAGUGCCGGAAUCUUUAGCAUGUAUGCUUGUGAAGAAGGCUUUGCUACUGGUGGGCGAGACGGCUGUAUACGAUUAUGGGACACUGACUUCAAACCAAUAACCAAAAUUGAUCUCAGGGAGACAGAACAAGGAUAUAAAGGCCUGUCUAUCCGGAGCGUGUGCUGGAAGGCCGACCGCCUCCUGGCAGGGACCCAGGACAGCGAGAUUUUUGAAGUGAUUGUGCGAGAGCGGGAUAAGCCAGUACUCAUCCUCCAGGGCCACUGCGAGGGCGAGCUCUGGGCCCUGGCCUUGCACCCCAAGAAGCCUCUGGCUGUGACGGGCAGUGAUGACCGCUCUGUCAGGCUGUGGAGUCUGGCCGACCACGCCUUGAUUGCCCGCUGCAACAUGGAAGAAGCAGUCCGCAGUGUCUCCUUCAGCCCAGACGGGUCUCAGUUGGCCCUGGGCAUGAAGGAUGGCUCUUUCAUUGUUCUCCGAGUCAGAGAUAUGACAGAAGUGGUCCAUAUCAAAGAUAGAAAAGAAGUCAUUCAUGAAAUGAAAUUUUCCCCAGAUGGUUCUUACCUGGCGGUGGGAUCCAACGAUGGCCCCGUGGAUGUCUAUGCUGUUGCCCAGCGGUAUAAGAAAAUAGGAGAAUGUAACAAGUCGCUUAGCUUCAUCACCCACAUCGACUGGUCUCUGGACAGCAAAUACCUGCAAACCAAUGACGGUGCUGGGGAGAGACUCUUCUACAAAAUGCCAUCGGGCAAGCCUUUAACAAGUAAGGAAGAAAUCAAAGGGAUUCCCUGGGCCUCCUGGACGUGUGUGAAAGGCCCUGAAGUGAGUGGGAUUUGGCCCAAGUACGCUGAGGUUAUUGACAUCAACUCGGUGGACGCCAAUUAUAGCAGUUCAGUGUUGGUGUCUGGAGAUGAUUUUGGACUGGUCAAAUUGUUCAAAUUUCCUUGUCUGAAAAAAGGAGCCAAGUUUAGGAAGUAUGUGGGCCACUCUGCACACGUCACGAACGUCCGCUGGUCGCAUGAUUUCCAGUGGGUGUUGAGCACAGGAGGAGCGGAUCACUCGGUUUUUCAGUGGAGGUUCGUUCCAGAAGCAGUCAGCAAUGGCAUGAUGGAGACCACACCGCAGGAAGGUGGCACCGAUUCCUACAGUGAAGAAUCUGAUUCGGACUUGUCUGAUGUACCAGAACUGGACUCUGAUAUCGAGCAGGAAGCUCAGAUCAAUUAUGAUCGUCAGGUUUACAAAGAAGAUCUACCUCAGCUAAAGCAACAAAGUAAAGAGAAAAACCAUGCAGCGCUCUCCCUCAAGCGGGAGAAGGCUCCCGAGGACAGCCUGAAGCUCCAGUUCAUACAUGGUUACAGGGGCUACGACUGCAGGAACAACCUGUUCUACACACAGACCGGAGAAGUGGUGUACCACAUCGCCGCCGUUGCCGUGGUGUACAACAGGCAACAGCACACGCAGAGGCUCUACCUGGGGCAUGACGAUGACAUUCUCAGCCUGACCAUUCAUCCAGUGAAGGACUACGUGGCCACUGGACAGGUGGGAAGAGAUGCCGCUAUUCAUGUAUGGGACACACAAAGUCUAAAGUGUCUGUCCUUAUUGAAAGGGUACCAUCAGAGAGGAGUGUGCGCUCUGGAUUUUUCAGCUGAUGGAAAAUGUCUGGUGUCGGUUGGUUUAGACGACUUUCACAGCGUUGUGUUUUGGGACUGGAAAAAGGGAGAAAAGAUAGCCACGACCAGAGGACAUAAAGAUAAAAUAUUUGUGGUAAAGUGUAAUCCACACCAUGUUGACAAGCUGGUUACAGUUGGGAUUAAACACAUCAAGUUCUGGCAACAAGCAGGUGGGGGUUUCACCUCCAAAAGAGGAAUUUUUGGAAGUGCUGGAAAAUUGGAAACGAUGAUGUGUGUUUCUUACGGGAGAGUGGAAGAUCUAGUGUUCUCAGGGGCGGCCACGGGAGAUAUUUUCAUCUGGAAGGAUGUGCUGCUGCUGAAAACAGUGAAAGCUCAUGACGGGCCCGUGUUUGCCAUGUAUGCGCUGGACAAGGGCUUUGUGACAGGUGGAAAAGAUGGAAUCGUGGAACUCUGGGAUGAUAUGUUUGAAAGAUGCCUGAAGACCUAUGCCAUCAAAAGGGCUGCGCUGUCAACUGGCUCCAAAGGCCUGCUUUUGGAGGAUAACCCUUCAAUUCGUGCCAUCACCCUGGGGCAUGGACACAUCCUUGUAGGGACAAAAAACGGAGAGAUUCUAGAAAUUGAUAAGAGUGGCCCAAUGACACUGCUUGUUCAGGGACACAUGGAAGGGGAAGUAUGGGGGCUGGCAGCGCACCCUCUCCUGCCCAUCUGCGCAACAGUAAGCGAUGACAAGACCCUUCGGAUCUGGGAAUUAUCCUCCCAGCACCGCAUGCUGGCCGUACGGAAACUUAAAAAAGGAGGAAGAUGUUGUGCCUUCUCCCCUGAUGGGAAAGCCUUGGCAGUCGGCUUGAAUGAUGGAAGUUUCUUGGUAGUAAAUGCUGACACUGUGGAAGACAUGGUCUCCUUCCAUCACAGAAAAGAAAUGAUCUCUGACAUUAAAUUCUCAAAAGAUACAGGAAAAUACCUUGCGGUGGCAUCCCACGAUAACUUCGUGGACAUUUACAACGUACUUACAAGCAAGAGGGUCGGCAUCUGUAAAGGGGCGACUAGCUACAUCACACACAUCGACUGGGAUUCUAGAGGGAAAUUGUUGCAAGUUAAUUCAGGUGCCAAAGAACAACUUUUCUUUGAAGCUCCAAGAGGCAGAAGACAUAUAAUAAGACCGUCUGAGAUCGAGAAGAUAGAAUGGGACACAUGGACCUGCGUCCUGGGACCCACCUGUGAAGGAAUCUGGCCAGCGCACAGCGAUGUGACCGAUGUCAACGCUGCCAGUCUCACUAAAGAUGGCACCCUCUUAGCCACUGGGGAUGAUUUCGGAUUUGUUAAGCUUUUCUCAUAUCCUGUGAAGGGACAGCAUGCAAGAUUCAAGAAGUAUGUGGGGCACAGCGCGCACGUCACCAACGUGAGGUGGCUGCACAAUGACUCUGUGUUGCUCACGGUGGGAGGCGCCGACACGGCCUUGAUGAUAUGGACCAGGGAAUUUGUAGGGACCCAAGAGAGCAAGCUGGUUGACAGUGAGGAGUCAGAUACAGAUGCGGAAGAAGAUGGAGGCUAUGACAGUGAUGUUGCCAGAGAGAAGGCCAUCGACUACACCACCAAGAUCUACGCCGUGAGCAUCAGGGAAAUGGAAGGCACCAAACCACACCAGCAGCUAAAGGAGGUGUCCAUGGAAGAAAGACCACCCGUAAGCCGGGCAGCUCCCCAGCCUGAGAAACUCCAGAAGAACAACAUCAUCAAAAAGAAAAAGCUGGUUGAGGAGCUGGCUCUGGACCACGUGUUUGGCUACAGAGGAUUUGACUGCCGGAACAACCUGCAUUACCUGAAUGAUGGUGCCGACAUCAUUUUCCACACAGCGGCUGCGGGCAUUGUACAGAACCUCUCCACAGGCAGCCAGAGCUUCUACCUAGAGCACACGGAUGACAUCCUCUGCCUCACAGUGAACCAGCACCCAAAAUACAGAAAUGUGGUGGCUACCAGCCAGAUAGGGACAACGCCUUCGAUUCACAUCUGGGAUGCCAUGACCAAACACACCCUUUCCAUGCUGCGGUGCUUCCACUCCAAGGGGGUGAAUUACGUCAACUUCAGUGCAACUGGGAAGCUCCUGGUGUCCGUGGGCGUGGAUCCAGAGCACACCAUCACUGUCUGGCGAUGGCAGGAAGGUACCAAGGUUGCCAGCCGAGGGGGUCACUUGGAGCGUAUCUUUGUGGUAGAAUUUCGCCCCGACUCAGACACACAGUUUGUAUCUGUUGGGGUCAAACACAUGAAGUUCUGGACCCUGGCCGGAAGUGCGCUGCUGUACAAGAAAGGGGUCAUCGGGUCCAUGGAGGCUGCCAAGAUGCAGACAAUGCUGUCCGUGGCUUUUGGUGCUAACAACCUCACUUUCACCGGUGCCAUCAAUGGAGAUGUCUAUGUGUGGAAGGAGCACUUCCUCAUCCGGCUGGUGGCCAAGGCCCACACAGGCCCAGUUUUCACGAUGUAUACCACCCUUCGGGACGGGCUGAUCGUGACUGGCGGGAAAGAAAGGCCGACUAAAGAAGGAGGCGCUGUAAAGUUGUGGGACCAGGAGAUGAAGCGCUGCCGGGCGUUCCAGUUGGAGACGGGGCAACUGGUGGAGUGUGUGCGCUCUGUGUGCCGCGGCAAAGGAAAAAUUUUAGUAGGAACCAAAGAUGGUGAAAUAAUUGAAGUUGGUGAAAAAAAUGCUGCUUCAAACAUCUUGAUUGAUGGACAUAUGGAAGGGGAGAUCUGGGGUCUAGCCACACACCCCUCUAAAGACAUCUUCAUCUCAGCCAGCAAUGAUGGCACAGCAAGGAUCUGGGACCUGGCUGACAAGAAACUGCUAAACAAGGUGAGCCUGGGCCAUGCAGCCAGGUGUGCGGCCUAUAGCCCCGAUGGGGAGAUGGUGGCCAUUGGCAUGAAGAAUGGAGAGUUUGUCAUCUUGCUGGUGAACAGCCUGAAAGUUUGGGGGAAAAAACGAGACCGGAAAUCUGCCAUCCAAGAUAUCAGAAUCAGCCCAGACAACAGAUUCUUAGCUGUGGGCUCUUCCGAGCACACAGUUGACUUCUAUGACCUCACUCAGGGCACAAGUCUGAACCGCAUGGGCUACUGCAAAGACAUCCCAAGCUUUGUGAUUCAGAUGGACUUUUCUGCAGAUAGCAAAUACAUUCAGGUGUCAACAGGAGCCUACAAGCGCCAGGUGCAUGAGGUUCCCCUUGGGAAGCAGGUAACUGAAGCCAUGGUCAUUGAGAAGAUCACCUGGGCUUCCUGGACAAGUGUUCUAGGAGAUGAAGUCAUUGGAAUCUGGCCACGGAAUGCAGACAAGGCUGACGUCAACUGUGCAUGUGUGACCCAUGCUGGCUUGAACAUUGUCACAGGAGAUGAUUUCGGGCUGGUGAAGCUCUUUGAUUUUCCAUGCACAGAGAAAUUCGCCAAGCAUAAACGUUAUUUUGGUCACUCAGCUCACGUGACAAACAUCCGUUUCUCAUACGACGACAAGUAUGUGGUCAGCACCGGAGGAGACGACUGCAGACCCAUGUCCCCACUAGUGCUGCCCUGGGACUGGUGAGCGCAUGUCACGUGACAGCUAUUUGGAAUAUAGCUGUGAGGAUCAAAAACGUGUAUUCGUAUGGCGCUGUCUGUAAACGCCAGAAGCUCGUGCGCUAUGCUGCUUCUCCCCAGCUACUUCCAGGCAGUGCAGAGGUGCCUUCUCCAUGUCAACCGCUGUGGGACACACAAGCUUUGAAUGCCAACGAGGUUGUAGGACUGUCUCACAAUUGGGACUUCACAAGAUGGUGAUGCCAAGGAGGAAAGUCAAGUCCUACAGUAUUAAGACUGUUUGCCUCUGUGCUGGAGACUAAAACCUACGCUCAUUAGUAACUACACUAACAACGAAAUCCUGGUGAUGUAGCCCACUGGCAAAAUUCACAGCCUCAGUUACCUAACCAAUAUGUAGCUUUUAAUUUCAUUAAGACUUUUACAAAGGUGUUUUUGCUAUUCUUUUUCUAUCUAUUUCAGGAAUGUUCACUGGACAUGAGAGUGUAAGUUAGAAGCACUGGAGUACAGAAGUAGACAGCUUGUUUGCCACAUUUAGCUUUCAAAACCAAAUGAGCCAUGUAUAAACAGUUGAAAAACUUAAUUUUUUAAAAAGUAUCAUUUGCAGUUUUCUAUCCAUUAAGUGCCUUGAAAGUUCCCAGUUGUGUCUCCUUUCUACACAUGGUGCUAAAACUUCCGGGCUGAGGAGGGCUAUGGGACUAGCAGACUCUGCCACUUGUCCUCUGUGUGUCUAGGGUUUCUAAAGGCCUCAGUCACCUGCUCAGAGAAAGUGGUAACGAGGAAGGUGAGAACUCAAUUCUGUAGGAAGUAGCAUGGAUUUUAUAUUAGUGCCAAAUCCUUCAAACAAAACGUCUAGAAGAUGUAAGGGGGCUUGGUAUGGGGGGAGGAUCUCCAGUAUGUCCAAGUGAGUGCGCUGAUCUGUCUUGCUAAAAGCCUGUGUUUGGUUUAUUCCCUUGGGAAGGGCUGGCUUGGCUCCAUUUGUUUCAGAUAAUCAAUGCAAGCCAAGUAUAGAUUUUAAAAUCUCUCUUGAACUAAUUCCCAACUUCAGUUUCUUGAAUUUCCUCCGUCACUUGUAGGAGACCCGAAAGCUCCUCAGCCCCGUUACGCCGAAGGCACUCACUGGACGCAGGCUGCUGGGAGAGACGCUCACUGAGUGCACAGCCGCGGUCCCUAGCUGUCUGCAGUUGUCAACUUCUUAGAGAAAGGGGGAAAUGAAGCAUUUCAGUUAAAGAAUAGAUUAUUAACAUUCCCCCCAGAAGUGCUCCAGCAUUCUGAAAGGAUUAGACUACUCAUUAAGCUAUUUUCCAUGCCAAUUUAUUAAUGCCUUACAUUAAUCCACUAGUAGGUUGUUGGGCCCUCAGUAGAGUCCCUAUGCGGCCCUAAUUCUGUUUCCUGUAACUGGCGAUGCUGAGUGAUGACCAUGUCUGCCUAUCUUGCACUACCGACCAGAUCCUGCAUUUAAAUAACCAUGUGGACGGACACCUGAUUAUCAAUGGUAUAUGUACAUGUAUAUUUGAAGAGCAAUAGUGUGAUAAAGACUUCUAAAAAUCUCAUUUGUAAAGUUUAUGUGGUGUGAUUUUAUGUAUAUUCAUAAAUCUUGCACUGUAUUCUGUUAAAAUGUUGGUGCAUGAGUUUAUUUUCAGUCGAGUAUAAAAGAAUUUAACACCUUUUGUUAUGGGUCAAAUAAAUUUCACUAUGUAAAUU